AUGGCUUAUCCAACCUUCUUUCUCUUACUUUCUUUCCUUUUAACAUGCAUCUAUGCCUUCACCGUCUUCAGCCGCCGCAACUCGCGGCUUCCGCCGGGACCUGACCCACUUCCGAUCAUCGGAAACCUCUUACAACUCGGUGACAAACCCCAUCAAUCUCUCGCCAUAUUGUCUAAACGCUACGGUCCUUUAAUGUCGUUGAAGCUCGGAUGCAUAACAACGAUAGUUGUUUCAUCACCCGAUAUCGUCAAAGAAUUCUUUCACACACAUGAUGUAACGUUUUCUAGCCGAUCCGUUCCUCACACCGCCGCGAUGGUUGACCACCAUAAGUACUCCAUAGCAUGGCUGCCGGUCGGAGAUCAGUGGCGAAGACUACGAAGAGUUACUAAAGAAUGCUUCUACUCCGUACAACGUCUGGAAGCGACCGAGCUCGUACUAGGAAAGAAGGUACAAGAACUUAUUGAGCAUGUUAAUCAAUGUUGUACACAUGAAAAGCCAAUAAAUAUAGGCGUAAUUGUUUUUACGACAACAUUCAACAUUAUCUCCAACUUCUUGUUCUCUUUGGAUUUCGCUCAAUAUGAUUCUGUCUCGUCACAAGAAUUCAAGGAUGCAAUACGCGGUUUGAUGGAAGUUUCUGGGAAGCCUGAUCUAGCCGAUUUUUUCCCAAUGCUUAAAUUGUUUGAUCCACAAGGGUUAUUACGACGUGCAAAUGUUUAUAGUAAGAAGAUGAUGACUAUUUUUGAUGAAAUCAUUGAUCAACGGUUUCAUACAAGAUCAAGUUCGUCAUCAUGUGUCGGUGCUUCAUCGAGAAAGAAUGAUGUUUUGGACUCAUUGCUCGACAUCAACCUAAAGGACGAAUCGGGGUCAUUUAAUCUAAAUGACAUGAAACACUGGUUUUUGGAUUUAUUUGUUGCGGGAACUGAUACGACAGCAACCACAUUGGAGUGGGCAAUGGCAGAGCUUAUUCGCAACCCAGAGAUAAUGAAAAAGGCUCAACUAGAGUUAACUAAACACAUGCAAAGCAACAACAGGAAUAUGCAGGAAUCAGAUAUCACUCGACUCCCUUACCUACAAGCCGUUAUAAAAGAAACUCUCAGGUUGCAUCCACCCGCCCCUUUUCUUGUUCCUCACGAAGCCGUACACGACGUAGAUAUCCAAGGUUUCAUGGUUCCUAAAAAUGCAAAGAUUCUUUGUAAUAUUUGGGCAAUGGGGCGACACUCAGACGUUUGGUCUAACCCAGAAAUGUUCAUGCCGGAGAGAUUUUUGGAAGUCGGGAUCGACUACAAAGGCCAUGAUUUCGAGUUCAUUCCGUUUGGUACUGGGAGGAGGAGUUGUCCCGGAAUGAAUUUUGCGCAUAAAAUGUUGCAUAUGAUUAUAGGCUCUUUGAUUUACAGGUUUGAUUGGAAGCUUGAGGGGAAUACUAGUAUAGUAGAUAUGGACAUGGAGGAGAAGUUUGGACUCACAUUGCCCAAAAGUGUACCACUCAUGGCCAUUCCAAUCAAACUUCAAUUGGUUUAGAUCAUUGUACAUGUUUUUAAAAUAAAAAUUG